AUGGUAAAAUAUAAGUUGCAAGACAAUAAAUGGAUGAAAGAUAUGUUUGAUUUGAGAAGCAGUUGGAUUCCAGCCUAUUUUAAAGAUGUACCGAUGUCAGGUCUAAUGAGAACAACUUCUCGGUCGGAAAGUGAGAAUUCAACAUUCAAUAGGGUAUCGCAUCAUGGUUAUACGUUAAACAAUUUCAUGAAGGCUUUUGAGUCUGUUAUGGAAAGGCAAAGGAAUAAUCAGAUCAAAUUUGAUUUUGAUACAUCUACUAUAAUUCCAAUCAUCAAAACACCUCUUGAAGAUAUGGAGAAACAUGCAUCUAUGGUAUACACCGGGACUAUUUUUCUCAUGAAGAGUGUUACAUCAGGCAUUGUUUCUGACAUAUGCAUUGUCAAACAUAAAAGGACAAAUAUAUCAAAGAAGAAGGUAGUAGUUGAGAAAAAAGAAAAAGUUGACAUCAAUUCUGAAUGUAAUUUUAACACAAGUGAAGGUGAUUUUGAGGUUGAAUUCAACAGGGAAGAUCUAACGGUGAAAUGUUCAUGCAUGCUUUUUGAGCGGUUUGGAAUUUUUUGUAGACACAUCUUCUGUAUUCUAAAGAUUUAUGACAUACAAAAUAUUCCGUCAAGAUACAUUCUUAAGAUAUGGAGAAGAGAUAUUAUCCCCACCACAGUUUUGAAAAGGACGUUUAGAUAUGGUGAUUCGUCUGGAAAUGUUGAGAAGGUUGCAUACAAAGUUUUUUCCAUGCUUGAUCAAUGCUUGUCUUCAUUAAGUAAUGAUGACAAGAAGUUAGAAGAGUUCAUGCAGAAGCUUGAAGUUUUUAUGACUGAUAUUGGUGAACAAGGUUCAGACAAAUUAUCGGUUACAAAAGAAGCUCAUAUUGAUAAACUUUACGGAGCUACUACGAAUCCUGAAGUUGUUGAUGUUGAAAAUCCACCUAUGGUGAAGAAUAAAGGUUCUGGUACAGGAAAACGUUUAAAAAGUGCUUUGGAGAAGGCUACUAUUCAAGGAAACAAGCAAUCAAGAUCAUGCAAAACAUGUGGGGUUAAAGGGCAUAAUUCAAGGAAAUGUUUGAAAUUGUUGAAUAACUCCAAGGUACAAAGUGCAUAG